AUGGUUGUCUCCACCCCCUCCUUGUCUAGGCUUAAGGAUGCUGCUGUGGGCACACCAACACAGUCAAUGGGGGUAUCUUCUCCUACUCUCUACAGAGGCAAGCCUUCCAACGGAAACUAUCGUAGUUCCAAGGACCCAAGGGACCGCAGCCGUAGCCCCAUAGAGAGAGCCGCCGCCCCCUCCAUGGGUCUCCUUGGCAACCACCACCUGUACACCCCCCACCGCCACAUGCCCUGCCUGGCCAUGGACCAGCCUCUCGCCCUGACUAAAAACAACAUGGACGCCGCCCGCACCCUCGCCAUCUCGCCCACAGUCAGUCCUGUGGAACGCCAGCAGAAUCGUCCGUCAGUGAUAACGUGCACUCCGGCCAACAACCGUAACUGCAACCUGCCUAACAACGGCUGUUCCAACAACCUGCCUAACAACGGCUGUUCCAACAACUACAGCAGGAGACCAGCUAGCAACUCCAAUACGGCGUGUGUUGACCCGGUGAUCGAGGAGCAUUUCCGUCGCAGCCUGGGGAGGAACUACAAGCAGCCGGAACCCGUCACUAACUCUGUGUCCAUCACCGGCUCUGUGGACGACCAUUUCACCAAGGCCUUAGGAGAGACCUGGCUGCAGAUCAAAGCCAAAGGAAGCUCCUCCUCCUCCCCUGACUCCUCCCCCAACAGUCACAUGGUCAACCACAACCACUCUCCUUCGGUUGUGUCCUGAAGGGAGGAGCUAGUUUAGGCCAAUCAGAGCCAGCUAUACCCCGUCCUGUUCACUGUAACCACAGGGCUGGUUGACCCGCUACUGGGAGGGUAUUGUUUGUUUUGCUCCAGCCCUACACUAACGCCAUCUAACACACCUGGAGCAAGAUACGGAGGAGUAACUGAUUUUAGAUCAGGGUCGUAUUCCUUUUCUGUUGUUAAUUAGCUAUAAUGUGCACAAAUGCAUACGACCCUGCUUUAUAACAGGGCUGGAGUAAAACCCUGCAUCCUCCAGUAGCUCUCUAGCCGGUAAGAGGGUUUGGCCUUGGUCCCUGGUAUGACUACCCUGAAUGAUUUUGUCCCCACAGAGAGCUGUGUUAAUAGCUCUAUAUAGCCGUGUACAUAGAGGAUAGAGGGGGUUUCCUUUUUGCCAUUUAGUGGGAUUGUAUUAUUUUUGUUGAAGUAGGUUUGUGUUAUUGGAUGCCCAAAAACGUUGACAACAAAAGCGUUUGUUUCUAUCUAAUGGAUUCUAUAUGGAGAAGCAGCUCAACCAACCACAUGCCUUCGUUACCAAAGAGAACUCUGAUGCAAAUCUGUCACCCCAUUUAACAAAGAAAAGACCAUUAUUUUAUUUCCCUUUCCAUCUCUCUAGCACCCCAGUGUAAAGAAUCAUCUCCCGUCCUCUACCCUACUCCCCUGUCCUCUUCUCUCCUCUUCUCUCCUCUCUACCCUACUCCCCUGUCCUCUUCUCUCCUCUUCUCUCCUCUCUACCCUA